AUGGACAGGUACUCUGUGUUCACCAAAGCUGAGAAAUGGUGUAUUGUCUCCAUGGUCUCGUACGCCGCCUGGUUUUCGACUCUAAGUAGCUUUAUUUACUUCCCCGCCGUACACCUGCUCUCCGAGGACCUCUCAGUCUCGGUUGAUAAGAUCAACUUGACUAUCACCUCGUACAUGGCGGUCGCGACGAUAGCGCCCACGCUUGUUGGUGACGCCGCAGAUGUCCUUGGUCGCAGGCCUGUGUACAUGGUUACGCUGAGCCUCUACGUAGUGGCGAAUAUUGUUAUCGCCUUGUCAAAGUCGUAUAAUGCGCUGCUUGGUCUUCGAACAUUUUCGGUUGCUUACGGCGUAAUCACUGACGUCGCGUCCCCGGCGGAAAGAGGUUCCUUCGUAAGCGCUGUGUCCUUCGCGUCAGUAAGUAUAACAAUUGCGCCAAGUAUUGGACCAAUACUAGGAGGUGCAUUGAGCUAUGCCGCUGGCUGGACUUGGAUCUUCUGGUUUUUGUCCAUUGCUGCGGGACUGUGCUUGGUUAUAAUCAUUCUUUUCCUCCCUGAAACCUCUCGGAGUAUCGUUGGGAAUGGAUCGGUUAGGCCACCAAAACAUCUACGACUACCGAUUCCGACAUUAAUGCGCCGCUGGGUACCUGAUAGCGACCAGAGUGCGCAGCAAGCGCGGCGGAUUCCCAAUCCCUUGAAGUCUCUGACAAUACUUACCCGUAAAGAUAACGCUACCAUUAUCUUCGCCUGCGGUUUACUUUACGUCGUAUAUACAUGCAUUAAUGCGUCGCUCUCCGUUUUAUUUAUAAACAUUUAUAAUCUCAACCAGUGGCAGGCCGGUAUAAUAUACCUUCCUUUCGGUGUCGGCGGCAUGGUGUCUACUUUCUUCUCGGGACCCCUACUUGACAGAGCAUACCGAAGAGCCAGAACGAAACGUGACUUAUCAACGGACAAAGUGGUUGGAGAUGAUUUGGACAAUUUCCCAAUUGAAAAGGCCCGUCUUAGCGUUAUAUGGACACCCCUGAUCAUCACAACUAUGACAAUUAUCGCUUUUGGCUGGACAUUACAUUACAACAAGCACAUCUCAAUUCCCCUCGUCCUUCAAUUCGUCGCCGGCUUGUGUAUGCAGCUCGACUUCAGCAUCUACAAUACCCUCCUGGUAGAUAAGAACCAUAGAACCCCGGCGGCUGCCCAGGCUUCCAGUAACAUCGUGCGCUGUACAUUAGCUGCUAUUACAGUAUCUUUUCUUCAAAAUCUGAUUGAUGCCCUGGGCAUCGGUUGGACAUUUACAUUCAUGGGCGGUUUAUGCUUGGUUGUCCUAGGCCUCUUUUUAGUGGACUAUCAGAAAGGGACGCAAUGGCGACAAUGGAGGAUAGCCUCAGAUUCAUCGUAGUAUGUUUUUUUUUUUAAAAAAAAAAAGAAGAAAAAAAGAGUGUU